AUGAAAGCCCCCGCGUUCAAACCUUUAUGCGACGUUAUUCGAAUCAAAAAAAGGGAAGACGAUGCAGCUGCAGCUGCAGGGAGUGAAUUAUACAAAGCCUUUUUAAAUGCCGGAAAGAAAAACGAAGAGGAAUUGAAAAACAAAAAUGUAAAAAUUGUGAUUUACGAGCAUGUGAAGUAUGAAGAGGACAAGCAGCUGGGAAGGAGCAGUUCGGGCAGCGACUCGGAUUCGGGCCAUGGUUAUGCCCUCUCACAGGGGGAAAGCAAAAUCGAUAAGAAAGGAAGAAAAAAAAAGGAGACCCAGGGGGAAGAAGAUGGACAGGCAGGCCAGAGGGAGUCAACAAAUGGUUAUGAGGUUGGGGAUGCAAGGGAUAGGGGAGUCAAGGAUAAAGGUAACCCCAAAGAGAGCGCAAAAGGGACAGCAAAAGAGACAGUAGCAGAGGCGAAGGCUCAAGGGAAGGACAAAACAAAUCAACAGGGAGAUUCAAAUACACUUGGCGUGGAAGUGAAAAGGGGUACUCCGAACGGGGCAAAGCAAAAUGGGGCAGAAGUACAGUACACAGAAAAGAAAGAAGUUACUCACAAGGUGGACGGAAAGGCUCAGCGACGUGGGAGCAACGAAGAGGAAGAGGGAGCAAACACCGCUUUGCCCCUGCACACCCAAUUAAGUGAUGUGGUGAAAGAGCGAAAAUCUUCAAAAGUACUAGGGACAGUAAAAAUUCUCUACAACUUCUACGUAAAUUUAUAUGAAAAGUUAAAGGAGGAUGUGGAGAAUAUUCAAAGUGGAGCUUCGAAUAACAACAUUGAUUUGUUUCGUGAUGUGAAUUUGUACGCGAAUUGCAUUUCCAUGUUUGACCUCAUCAACCUGUGUGAGGAUCUGAAAAUAAUAAAAACCUUUCUCAACUCGAAAAAGGAGUGCGAGCUGAUAUGGAUACUCACGGUGAACUACCUAGACAAGGUCGACAUUAACCUUUUUGAGCGAUACAAGCAUAAGAUUGACGUAACGUAUGGGAUGAAGGACGUCCCGGGGGGGGUCAGCGGCACGCAGGGGAUACAUCCGCCAGGUGAGGCAGUCCCACUGAAAGUGAUGACGGGACAGGGAGGAGAAAACGAAAAAAUGGUGAACAACAAAAGCAGGACGCACAUGCAGGAGGAAAGCGAAAAAAAAAAGGAAAAGACAGAAAAGGGGCAUGUGGACCCCCCCAUUGGGGAAGAGGAGGAGGAGCAGGAAGAAAAAGAAGCCAACGUGGGGGUUGAUGCAUCAGAACAAUCGGGGAACCCUCCACGUGCAGGCCAAGAAGUGCAGAACUUAAAAGAGUAUAUAUAUGAAAAGUGUCAUGAAAGAAAGAAUGCCAUCAUGUUCAGAAGGGUGAAUUUUUUUGUCUUCCUAUACGUAUUAAUAUAUAUAAUAAAAACAAGUUCGCGCAAAAUCAAGUCCCUCUCAGAUGAUAUAAAAAAAGUCAGGAGCUUUUUCUUUUUCCUUAACUUGUAUGAAAAAAAAAAAACAAUCGAAACGUUAAAAAAUAUAUACAAGGAUAAGUACUUAACCUUUUUCCAAAAUUUUAAGAGCAGGAAAGAAAUUGAGGAAUACAGAAGGAGGAAGAUUUUUUGCCACAAAUUUUCCUUUUACAAUGUUAACAAAAUUUUAAAUCAAAAAGGUGCUGACUUGGUCAGGCUGAAGGAGGCGUCCACACGGGCGGGACAGAAGCAGCUUGCGGAGGGGCAGCAGGCAGGGGAAAAGAAGCAAAUUGCGGAGGGGCAGCAGACAGGGGAAAAGAAGCAAGUUGCGGAGGGACAGCACACAGGCGAAAAGAAGCCACUUGAGGAAGGGAAGCAAAUCGGGGACAGUAACACAGACGCGAGCAGCUACGACUUGACCAAUUUUGUCGACACAGCUGAGCUAGACAGCGACUUCAACUCCACAAGCAACCCACACGACGAAACCAAAGAAGGGACAUCCCCUCCCCUUCUGAGCACAUAUCUACUCGAUUAUAUAUUUAAAAAUUACUGCUAUAAAAAAAAGCACUGGAAAAUGAAGGAAAACGCGUGGAUCAACUUUGGCGUGGUUAGAAAGGGAGAAAACAAAAAAUAUAAAAUGGAAAUUUAUAAUCACACAAAGUUUAACAUCACUGUGGACGUCCUCAUCGAUGAUGACCUUCCCAUGCUCGCCAUUUUUAAGGACAAAUUAUUUUGCAUCAGCUCCAAGUAUUCUAUAUACCUCCAAAUUGAUAACAGCAAAGAGGGCGAGUGGUUUGGGUUCGUCAAUAUCGCUUUGAAGUACAAGAAUGCCACUAAGGGCGAUGACUCUGUGCGGAUCCCUGUCUACGUCCACGUCUGUCCGUAG